GAGGCUGGAUUUGCCGAGCUAUGCACGUGGCACGCUUCGGAUACAUAGUAGUUAUGCGGUAUGUUGAGCAUUUGUUCAGCAAUCGAAUUUCACACGUUCCAACACAAUCAUGUCAACUGUUUAGACCAAACUUAUCAGGAGUUGCUGCCCUCCUUCAAAAAAAGUGCAGCAGUAAUUAGGAAACGCGGUACGUUAUACUGCAGUAUCACGUGAUGUCUGUCCACCUAUCUGAAGCCUACCUGAAGCUUUAACUUUGGCAAAUGUUGAGGGUCACCACUUUUCAGUUUCUAAAGGUGUCCAAAACUGUUUAGUGCUAGAGAGUAUGAAGAACUGAGAGGUGAUGACUUGUGUGUGUCAUCGCACAGCCUAGUUCUGCAUAAUGGUACCUUGAAACAUUGUUGUUAUAUUUCACAUUACAGUUCCUUUAAGAAGUUUCCUUAUGUUUCUUUAAUGAUGGGGUGGGGUUUUCGGGUUCAGAUGUAUGAAUUAAAUUAGGCCCUUCCUUCUGUGAAUGAAAUUAACAUCUCUGCUGUGCAACUCUGGAAAGUUAAAGCAAUGCAGACAAGGUUGAUGUUGAUGCCACUAUGACUGCAUGCAGCAUAGCCCUGUCUAGCAUGAGCUGCUCUUGAUCAUUGUGAAUGUAACCCCUGAUUCAUGGUUCCUACGGGGCCUGUUGAAAUGCACACAGGAAUGCUGAAUUGCCAAACGUGUUUCUGCCCUGCAUGCACUCUACAAAAACCAAUAUGCAGGUGCCCUAUGCAAUUGUGCAUUUUGAAGAGCAUAACGAGGUGGAGGUCGUGCCUUGUUCAUGGCUCACCGGCAACGCAUGCAAAUGGCCCACCUUGCCUACUUAUAAAGUCGAAAGACUCAUAAGGAAGGGUUGUCAUCCCGGUAACCAGUGCGAAGAAAUGGAAGUUGUGGUCAAAGGAAUUUUCAAGUGCUACGAAGAUGCACGGAAAAUGUUACCUCUGUCACAGUACACAUCCGACCUAAGCGCAACUGAAUUGCCUCCAAAAAGGGUUAGGCGAGCAAGGGUUAUUGACAGUGAUGAAGAUGAUGAGUUUCCUCCUGUACCCUCCAGUUUUGUAGCAAAAGAUACAUCUGUGUGCCUCACAAGCAGCUCUGUCAUGGACAAAGCAGGGUCCAAGGAUGCUAUGGAUAAUGCAAAUGAAAAUAUGGGUGCAGUCCAGCUAGACGCAAGGAAUUCCACAGUGUCCUGGGCAGAUGCCGAUGACGAUGCAGAUGUAUUUGCAAGCGGUACUUUUACGCCAAUGGUCGGGGCACAGCAACACAAAGUGCGAGGUUCUUCCACUGGUCAACUGAUGGCCAAUGCCCACUUGCAGCCCGCCCAGCAACAACAUGGAAGGGGAACGGCAGGACAAGGUUGCUCGUCAGUAACGUCUGCUCCUUCUGUUGCCACUGCUCACGCAUGGCCACGUGAAAUGAUGAUGGAGGAGUAUGGCUAUUCACCUAGGACUGCUCCUUCAAUCCUCACACCUCUGCAGUCUCCAGGGCAGCAACAUAGACAGGGAAUGACAGGACAACGCUCCUCAUCUGUGACAUCUACUCCAGUGCCUACUGCUGGUUCAUGGCCACGUGAACAGUUGAUGGAAGAAUAUUCUUACUACACAGGCUGUUCACCUACCACUACUGUUCCUCCAGUUUCGAGUGGUCCAUUGCAGCCUCCUGAGCAAACAGACGUGCGGAUCUCAGAAGCUGGCUACUCACCCGAGCCAUCUGCUGCUUCGGUGCCAAAUGCUCCUACACUGCCAACAAAACCAACACGAAAGGCAUCUACUUUUCCAGUGUCAAGUGCUCCUUCACGGCCAUCUAAACCAUUGUCACAAUAUGAGUUCCAGGAGCAAGUCCUCGUACAAUUUAGAGUACUGCGUGCAACAUUAAUGGAACAUGGCGCACUACUUGAAGGUCUAGUGCCACUACGGACCACUCUUAUUGAGGAAACAAAGCUCCUGCCCCAGCCAAUGAAGACUGUAGAGGAAGUGGAUGAGUUUGAGCAGCAGCUCACACGUGACCGUGAAAAGCAGCUGGUAGGCGAGCUCUCGCUGCUUGGCGGAAACACAGUGAAGUCUUCAGUGAGACGGAUCAUGUCCCACAUACUCUCAGACGAACUUGGGCAGCUCUACAGUUGGGAGGGGCGAAAAGGAAAGCUCAAGUUCCUGGAGCUCAAGUUUCCCAGCAUAAUCCUGCGUGCACUGCACACACACAAGAAGCUGUCAAAGGCUACAGAAUUUGAAGUAGAAGCAGCAAUCAAGGAGUGGCUGCGACAUGCGCCUCAAAGAUGCAAGCGAGGGCAACCAGGGUGCUGAAUUCGCUCACAAGAAGAAACACGAGGCAACUUGAGCUGUUUCUACAGGGUCAUGACCUAUCCGUGUGCACCAAAUAUGUUGGCAUCCUGUACUUUCUAAUGACUCAGUCUAUGAUGACUAUCAUGGUGUCUGCUUUUAGAGCUUAUGGGUAGGCUUAAUUGUGCCAAGUUUCAAAAAGGUCAUGCUGUGCAAGCAGUGAACUGAACAAGCAGACAGUGAACUUCAGAUACAGCGACCAGCAAGCUGUCAGGGUUGUUUGCCACUCGAUAACUGACCUUCGAAAUGUUUGCUCCGGCCCUUCUGGGACCUGCUGUUCAAGCAAGGAAAAUUUCAUUGAGAGCUGUGAGCAAGGAACUUGAGA